AUGCACCCUUGUGACAUGUGCGCUACGUACGGAUACCACUGCAGGUACACCGACGAUGACAACCCAAAUGGUACUACAAGUGGCAGUGUACCCAUUCCGCCUCCAGCCAAGCAAGUCAGACUCGACUAUGGAAGUCUUCUGACAGGUCGAGCUGCUACAGACCGCAGUUCGAGCGGCCAGACUUCUAUGGGGCGAGAACACCAGAAAGGCGACAGCUUGUCAGCCAAGCGUUCUACCGUGACGGCCGGCGCGUCCCCGGGUAUUUUCGACGAGCAGAAGUUCAGAUACUGCGGGGCAUCGGCGGUCAUGGCAUUCCCACAUAUCCUGGGUGCGGCUCUCGGUUCCGACAGCCCUCCCAAGAUGCGGCCGUUCGCUUACAACUUUGGUAUUCGCCCCGAGGAGGCAUCCAAUUCUCACUGCUUUCUAGGAAAUCUCAUCUCGGAGGGAGAGCUUGAAUCUUUCUCGGGUACCUUCUUGAAAGUAUUGGGCCCUAUCGGCGAUGUGAUAGACCCAAGAAUCUACGCCCAGCGAUGCCGGGAUUAUUACCAUAGCUCGGGUAGCAGUACCAUCGCCUUUGCAGCCGUGGCAGCUGGUGUUGCUGCUCUUGGAUCAUUCCUUUCUCCUAACAGACACCCGCGAGAGUCAGAUCUGGUGCAAUACGCUAAAGCCAUCCUCGAUGAUCCGGCCUCCAUGCGUUUGCAUGGCAUCGACCACAUUGUGGCAUGGGGCAUGCGAGUGUUUUACUUACGGGCAACAACCCGGCCCAGCAAUGCUUGGAUCGCUUCCUGCACGCAAAUGCACCUCUGUGAAGCCUUGGGCCUACAUGAGGAAGUCAAUAUCAAGAAAAUAGCGUCCGUCGCUGGGGCCGCUGUCGUUGGACACGAUACGGACCGACUCAGGAAAAUUUUCUGGAUCUCGUGGGCUGGGCAUAAUAUGCUGUGCUAUGAGUACGAUCGUUCACCUGUAGCAUUUCGGACCGUGACUUGCCAGCCUAUCAUCUCGACACCAGGAUCUGUUGCCGAUCAGUUCGUAAAACUGAUCCAGAUUAUUCCAUCGCCCGAUUCUCCGUUCCAGCUCGACUUGCGGCUCCCAAAUCUGAGCGAGGAGCUAUUUCAGCGCCUCCAGGCGCUGGAUGAGCUCCAAGUCACGCAUCCAUUCCUGGUAGUGACCAAAGCGGACAUUGCGUUUUGCUUCUACCGGCGCCUUUACCAGCUAAAGAUUCUCAUACCGGAUGAUAGCAUCAAGUUCAUCAUUGAUAGUGGCAACGCCGCAGUGGAGGCAGGCGUACAGGAAGCUAACCAGGGUCGUAUGUUCUGGAACGUCAUCGGAAGCGUCUUUCAGUAUACCUGCAUCCUGUUGGCCAUUGACACACCGACGGCCUCUGCACAUAUCGGCGCCGCAUUCAAGGGCUUGGAGAGCCUUGUCAAGGCUGCUGAUACAGAACUCACGCGUGAGGCGUUGUCGAUGGCACGGCACCUACUCAGCCUUAAUAAAGCAAAGAAGCGAAAAGAACUUGCUCAGCUGGAAGCUGUCGAGGCCGGCUAUGAAUUCUUUCAGGCAGCCCCGGUAUCCGAGGCCAAUUCCGCUGUGCCAGGAAUGAAUUGGGAAGUGGACUGGGAUCAAUUCUUCAUCGAGCCAAAUUUAUCCAUAUUCGGUCCUGAUGUACAGUUGCAAUGA